GAGGAAAUGAGCUUUGAGACUUGUCAUGACGUCACGUGUCGUUUCCAGUUGUCGUUUUUCGCCAUGUGUCGUUUAAACACGUUUCCCUGGAAGUCCUUAGAAACUGAACUCCAAAACUCAUCACCAGGAGUAAUUCUGGACAUUUUAAAAAAGACGUGUCUUCAUUCUGUAUGUCGGAAAAAUCCACCGUCUGUGAAGUACAGGAGACUCUUCCUGUCCGAACUCAUUAAAAAGCAUGAGGCGACUGCGUCCGAGCCUUUGGAUGAGCUGUACGAUGCUUUAGGCGAAGUCAUGAGCGCUGAAGAGGAGACAGUGUGUUAUAAAACUUAUUUCCUGCCGUCAGGAGAGCCGGUGAGUCUGGAAGAGAACGUAGCGAUGAUCUCAGAGGGCACCACCGGCCUCGUCACGUGGGAGGCGGCCCUCCACCUGGCCGAGUGGGCGCUGGACAACACACACGUCUUCGCUGGAAAGACGGUGCUGGAGCUGGGCAGCGGAUCCGGACUCACCGGUGUCGCAGUGUGCCGCGCCUGCAAGCCCAAAAAAUACACGUUCACAGACUGCCACCAGAGUGUGCUGCAGAGACUGCGGAAUAACAUCCAGCACAACGGGUUACAGGAACAGGAGGACGACACAGGCGUGUCGGUGUGUGUGGAGGAACUGGACUGGGAACACGUACGAGACGAAGAGCUGAGGAGGAUCGGGGCGGAGACAGUCAUCGCAGCAGACGUGGUGUAUGAUCCCGAGAUCGUCAGCUGUCUGGUGAAACUACUAGCGAAACUGAUAAAGAGUCAGAAGAACCCUCCGGAGGUUUAUAUCUCCUCGACCGUACGCAACCCAGGAACCUACACCUGCUUCAAGAACCAGCUGGAAAAGGCUGGAUUGAAACACGGCAUUGUUACGAAUCCCAUCAGUCAAGUGUUCCCGUACGACCGACACGGGAUUUCUAUCGAAAUCAUCAACGUGCACGCUGCUGGCUGAAUCCUGAACGUAAUAAAGUGCUUAUUUACAUCGUA